AUGAGUCAACCUCAAGACGGAAGCGAAAGACAGAAACUGUUCGAGUCAGCGGUUUCCUUCUUAAAUGAUACAUCUGUUAGUGAUGCACCUCUGGCAAUGAAGAUUAAAUUUCUGGAGAAGAAAGGAUUAAGCCAAGAUGACAUCGAAGAAGCAUUGAAGGUAGCAACAGAGAAAAAGAAUACUCAAAUACCAACAAACAGCAAUAGCAAUAACAGCAAGGACAUAUAUGCCACAGAUUCUCAAAACUUACAAUAUCAACAAAGAGCCAACGGAAUCACUGAUGGAGAAAGAGGCAACUACCAAUAUACAUACCAGGCAUUACCACCUGUGGCUCCCCAAAGAGAUUGGAAGGAUUAUUUCAUUAUGGCCACUGCAACAGCUGGUCUGUUCUAUGGACUCUUUGAAGUAUCAAAGCGGUAUAUUGCUCCAAAUAUUCUUCCAGAGAGUAAUACAAAAUUAGAACAGGAUAAAGAGGAAAUCCAGAGACAAUUUGGUAAAGUCGAUAAGCUACUUGAAGCCAUUGAUCAAGAGCAAAGAGAAUUUAGAGAAUUAGAGACUAAAAAAUUAGAAGAAUUAGAUACUACGAUCUCUGACCUCCAACGUACUUUGGAACAGACUACCCAAACAAGGGACACUAUGGAAAAUGAUUUCAAGAUGUUAAAGUUGGAAUUAAAUAAUUUACAGAGUGCUGUUGAUAAAUUUGUAUCGGGUAAUGAUACAAAGUCCGAAUUAAAUCAAAUGAAUAAUGAAAUUUUAUCCCUAAAGUCCUUAAUCAAGAAUUCCAGUUUUGCUGACGAUUCAUUAAAAAUUAGAAAACAAAGUAACACACAUAUCGAUACUAGCAAUAAAAGUGAUAUAGGUACAUCAACUAAUCCUAGCCAUUCGAUCAAGAGCCCUAUUAGUGGACUUCCUGGUGUAGAAGCGAUUCCUUCUGCAGCUGAAUUACUUGCAAAUAUGAAUUUCGAAACUUCAGAGGAAGAUAAUGUAGGGACCAAAUCUGAGGAACCCGCUUGGAAGAAAUCCAGAGCAGAAAUGACAUCUCAUUUACAAGACAAGGACAAUCUACCAGAGAUAGAUAAUUCCAAAACUGACAUCCCCGCAUGGCAGGCUGCUAUGGAGGCUGCACAAAAUAUUGAUGACCAAUAG